UUUUGGGGACUAGUCUUUUUUUUUUUUUUUUUUUUAAGUGAUUACAAAAGGAAACAAACUCAUUGUAGAGAACUUACAAAAUAGAAAAGAGCAUAGGAAGGAAAGGUAUCCUCUGUUAUCAUUUUGAUGUUUUCCUUUUGUUGAACACAUAGUGGUUUACAUAUGUGAGAUCAUAAUUGGUAUGUAAGUUUGUAUCCUGCUUCUUUCAAUUAAUAUUACAUCAUAAACAUUUGCUUUAUGCCAUUGCAAAUUCUUUCUAAAGAUUACCUUUAAUGGCUGGGUUGGUGGCUUAUGCCUGCGAGGUGGGCAGAUCACUUGAGGCCAGUUCAAGACCAGCCUGGCCAACAUGGCGAAACCCCAUCUCUACUAAAAAUAGAAAAAAAAAUUAGCCGGGCCUGGUGGCAGGCACCUGUAAUCCCAGCUACUCCGGAGGCUGAGGCAGGAGAAUUGCUUGAACCUGGGAGGUGGAGGUUGCAGUGAGCCGAGAUCUUGCCACUGCACUCCACCCUGAGUGACAGAGCAAGAUUCCGUCUCAAAAACAAAAACAAACAAACAAAAAAAGAUUACCUUUAAUCAUUGCAUAAUAUUUCAGUAUAUAUAGCAGUCAAUUAUUUAUUCUCUUUUUAAAGACAUGUUUUCAAUAUUCUGCUAUUAUAAAAAUACCACAGAGAAUUUGUUGGAGAAUAUAUUUUUAUCUUCAUUUCAGAAAAUGCCUUUUGGUUGUAUUUAUAGAACUGAAAUUGCAGGGUUGAAGAAGUGAAAACAUUUUUAAUGUCUUCAUGCAUACUGUUGCAGCGUGGUAUCACACUAAACCUUUGCCAAUGCUGAGUAUUCUUGUUUUUAAAAUAAUUCCAAUUUGAUGAACUAGAAAUCAGAAUCUCAAUACUAUAUUUAUUAGACAUCUACAGUCCCUCUCUUGUGAAAUGUCAUGUCCUUUGAUUAUCUUUGGGAUCUUAAAUGGUUUUUCUUCUUAUAGUUUAAAUUUUUAUUGCAAUAUAGCCCAAGCUGGACUUGAACUCCUGGGCUCAAGCAAUUCCCCUGCCUCAGCCUCCCGAGCAGCUAGUACUGUGGGUGUGCGCCACUGUGCCUGGCCAUUUUUCUUCUUCUAUUUUUUAUUAGUUUUUUUUUUUUUUUUGAGACAGAGUCUCGCUCUGUCACCCAGGCUGGAGUUCAGUAGCAUGAUCUCAGCUCACUGCAAACUCUGUCUCCCGGGUUCCAGUGAUUCUUGUGCCUCAGCCUCCCUAGUAGCUGGGAUUACAGGUGCCCACCACCAUGCCUGGCUAGUUUUUGUAUUAUUAGUAGAGACGGGGUUUCACCAUGUUGGCUAGGCUGGUCUCGAACUCCUGACCUCAAAUGAUCCACCCCCCUCGGCCUCCCAAAGUGCUGGGAUUACAGGCGUGAGCCACUGCGCCCGGCCAUUUUUUUUUUAUAUGAGCUUUUAAUUUACUCGGGGAUAUUUAUCUUUUUUCAUAUUUGUUGCAAAUGUCUUCGAGAGGCUCUGGAGUCAGACAGACUUGCAUAUGAAUGCAUUCUGACUUCACUACCUCCUACUUGUAUGAUACUGGGUAAAUUACCAUAAAAUGGAGAUAAGAAUAGUUGGUUAAAAAAAAAAAAAAUGUAGAGAACUUUUUAAGCUCCCCUGAGCCGGGGCUGCGCUCUUCUAAGUGGGACUCCGAGCCUGGGCUAUUUCUGGCGCUGGCGGCUCCAGGAAGGCAUCCGCAUUUGCAACCAGGGGCGGCUGCGGUGGAGACUGGCCUGUCCUCAGCGCCCAGCACUGCUGCUCCCGGCAAACCGGAGCAUGCACCGCAGGCUGGCGGCCGAGUUUGCCCAUCCCAGCCAUCACUUUUCCACGUAAUCCUUAGAGAAGGGAAGAUGAGAGAGUCGAGCUCGAAGUCCAGUCAGCCCUUGGCCUCCAAGCAGAAAAAGGACGGCACUGAGAAGCGGGGCCGUGGCAGGCCGCGCAGGCAGCCUCCGGUGAGUCCCAGGACAGCGCUGGUAGGGAGUCAGAAGGAGCUCAGCGAAGUGCCAACACCUAAGAGACCUCGGGGCCGACCAAAGGGAAGCAAAAACAAGGGUGCUGCCAAGACCCGGAAAACCACCACAACUCUGGGAAGGAAACCAAGGGGAAGACCCAAAAAACUGGAGAAGGAGGAAGAGAAGGGCAUCUCGCAGGAGUCCUCACUGGAGGAGCAGCUUCCUUCUGGGACUGGACAGCUUUGAUCCACUCCCAACCCCCAACCCCCCACCUCCC